AUGGUUGCCGUUGUGGUAUCACGGGAAGAUGGUGGUGAUUUUGUGGCUGCAGUUGCCCUACUAUCGCGGAUCGGUGGUCGUGCUGGACGCAUUGAUGAGACAUGUUGGGACGGCAUUGUCGAGCGUGAGGCGCGAGGCCGUGACACCGCGGAAGCGGAAGAGAGCAUAAGUGAGGGGGGGCGGGCCGCUUCGGGAUGGUGUAGAAACUGCCACCCUUGA